AUGAUUAAGCAAACAAUGAAUUUUUCAUUAAAAUAAAGAAGAACCUAAUCAUUGGAACCUGUAUUUGAUGAAGAAGUAUUUGGAGAAUUGAAAAAUGAGAAAGAUUUUGAAAUGAGAUUGCAAUAAUUGAAUGAGAUUUAACAAAUCCAUUAAAUAACUCAGAGUUCUGGGAUAUCAAUGUCAUCUGGUCGAAGUAAACCUUCUAAACAUUAGAUGAUGGAGAGUUAUGCUUAUUUAAUAUAAGAGAUGGUUCAUAAUAAAGAAUUACAAUAAUUCUGUCAUUAAUUUGGAUUCUCAAUUUAAGAAUUAGAAUAAUAUAAUUAAAUUGAAGAGAGAUAAAAUUUUGUAAUAAAUGCUAUGUGUAAACACAUAAAAGAAUAGAUGCAGAGUAUAAUUAUAAUUAAAUAGGUUUUAUGACUAAGGUUGAAUUAAGAAUGCAUUAAUAUAGAGUAGAUGAAUGGGAUGAAUUACAAAAGAUGAAUAAAUAGAACAUUAAUAUAUUUGAAUGGUUGAAUGUUAAAUCUAAAUAUCAACAUUUAAGAAAGAAAUUACAAUAUGCUUUAAUUGAUAGUAUAACUGCUACUUAAGUGAAAUAAUAAUAAGAGAAAAGAAAUAGAACAUAUAGUUAAUCUAAUUUAUCAUAAAUAAGUAAAGCAAGUACUGCAUGUGCAACUACAAGUAGAAAAAGAUUAGCAUCUAUUCAAGAAGAAGUAACAGUGAAUCCAAAGAUCUAAUUAGUAUCUGAAUACAAAGAUUUUAAGGCAUAAUGGAAUGAAGAUUUAGAAAAAUAAUAUAGAUUAAAAGGGAAAUCUAAUAAAGUUUUGGGAUUGUAUCCUGUUAUUUAGAAGGCUAUUUUAGAUAAUGUAGGAUAGAGUGUUUGGAAUUAAUAGAGAGAUAGAUUACUCACAAAAUAUACUGAAGGUGGUUGUUUAACAGAAGAGGAAGUUAAAUUUAUAGCAAAUACAUCUUAAUUAUUAAAUAGUUGUUCAGAUAAAGAAUUUCUAUAGAAAACUAUAUCACAUUUAGAUAAAAAUAUUAUAGAUGAAAUUGAAUAUAAUAUAGCUGAAUGUAUAUUGGCAACUUAUACAAAUAUAUCUAAUGAUGUAAAAUCUAUUAGAUAAGUUUGGCUUAAAAAGAUUGGUGCAAAUCUUGAAUAAUAAGUUAAAGAUACUCAUUAUAGUGUAUUAAAGAAAAUGUAAUUGUAAAAGAGUUAAAAAGAACUUGAAAAAGUUAAAGUCAAAAUGGUUACAAUUUUUAAAGAUUUAUAAAAAAGACAUUUAAUUAAAUUAUAAUAAGAAUUAGAUAAAGAUCAAUAUAUUUAAUAAUAAAAGGGUGUCAAUAAAGUUAUUUUGAAAUUCAAAGAUAAAUUAAUGAAAAAAGUUAAAAAAUAUAGAAAUCAAAAGAAUAUUAGUAUUGCCAAUGAUUUCAUUACUAGAAAUAUUCCAAAAUAAGGAUCUCUAUUGUUUAAAAUAAAUAAAGAAAUGAAAUCUACAGAAUAUGUUAAACGUUUAUUUCAUCCACCAUCUAAAUUAAUUAUUAAGAAUCCUGGAUCUCAAACUGAUAGAGCUAUUAAAGAAGAAAAAAAAUAUAAAGUUAGAUCUUAAAGUACUUUAAGAUAAACAGAUUUUAAAAGAUAUCUUAGUGGAGGUCCAUAAACAGAAAGACAAUUUGUUUCUAAAGCUUUAGUUGAUUAAAAUUAAUAAAGAAUUAGUGGACAUAAAAAUCCUCAUGAAUGGAUUACAAGUGAAAUAGAAAUUAUGGCUAUUAAUAAAAUUAAAGCUGCUAUUAGAGCUUAUCUUUAAAGAAAAAAAUAUUAGAAAUAAAAAUAAUUAAAAUAAGAAUAGGAAGAAUUAAAAAAGAAUUUAUUAAUAUCUCUUGGUAAGAAGAAUCCUGAAAGUAUUAAAAAGAUUGAAUUAGAAGUCAUUAAUGUUAUUAAAAGUUUAACUUUAAAUAAAUAAAAGAGUUAAUCAACUAUGUAUUCUUCAAAAUAAAGAAUAUAAUCUGAUAUGAAAUUAAAAACUAGAAAAUUAUUCUAGGCUGCAAAAAAAAAAUGUUUAAACAUAGCUAUUUAAUCAGGUUUUAUGUAUACAGUUGAAGAUGUAAAUCAAUAAGAUGAAUUUGGUAGAACUCCUCUUUCUUAUGCAGCUGAAAAUGGAGAUGAAGCUAUUUGCAAUUAUUUAUUAAAAAUUGGAGCUAACAUCAAUAUUCCCAGUUUUGAUGGUAUGACUCCUAUGCAUUUUGUUUUUAAGAGUAAUUCACUAAAUCUAAUAAUGAGAUUCAUCCAUUUAGGUGGAAAUUUAAAUAAAUUAAAUAAUGAUGGAUUAACACCAGUAGCCUUUUGCAAUCAAGAAACUCUAAAGAAAUUAAAUCUAACUCGGAUGAUCUCCUCUUCUCUUAAAUAAGGAUCAUUUGAUAAUCACUCGAUCUUGAAUAAAAAGUACCCUCAAAACUCUGAUAUAAUAGAAGCACUAGAAUUUUCAGGAAAUUUCAGUAAAUUAUAAUGA